UUCGUUUUGGCCUAACUUUAUUUUUGUUAUUCCUAUUCUGAAGCAGUUCUUCAGCUUGGGAAGGAAGGAGUGUUAAGAACAAGGAAGACGGGAGGGAGAAGGUUGUUUCUUCUGAUAUAGAGCCUAAUCAAUAGGCAAAAAUCCUAAAACCUAAAACCAAUUAUGGUUUCAGAGCCCAAAUCCACUGUUUCGAAGCAAAAACCUGGUAAUCAAGAUGGCGGCUCCAUCAAGAACUCAAAUCCUUCUUCCAAACACAAAUCCGUCUCUGUUGUCACUAAAUCCGAGGUGAAGUCAAAGACAAGUUCGAGUUCUUCAAGGGCGACAACAAAAACUACUACGACUGUUACUACUGCUAAAGUGAGAGAAAAGAAAGUGUAUAAUUUGCCUGGUCAGAAAUGUGAUCCCCCUGAAGAGAGAGAGCCCCUUCGGAUAUUUUACGAGUCCUUGUCGAAACAGAUACCAGCAAGUGAAAUGGCAGAGUUUUGGAUGAUGGAGCACGGCAUGUUACCACCCGAAAAGGCGAAAAAGGCAUACGAGAAGAAACUAAGAAGACAAAAGGAACAGAGAUCCGGGACUCCGAUUAAAUCACCAAAACCGCCGAGCAAACCAGAGAGUUCGCAGAGGCCACAGCAACCCUCUAAGAAUGGCGAUCUAAAAGCAAAGCAAAAGGUCACGAACGAUAGUGACGACGACGACGACAACUUCAUUCUAAGUCCCAAGAGAAGGAAAAUGUAGGGAAAACACACCCGCCCUGCCUUCGUUCUUUAUUAUCAUACUUUUCGAGGAAUUACUUGAUUAAAAUUUCCUUAGAGUUGAUUAUAACCCAACAGUAUUUACCUGGACAUUCUUUUAUACUCCACAGCUGUGUAUGAACAAUAAUUUUAGAAGAGACGAGUCUUAUGGUUCAAGUCCUUUUCAUA